AAACGCCGGUGUACCAAGAACACGCGGACGCAUUGGGACAUAGUUGCUGCUAUUGGUCAGGAUUCUCCCGGCCCGAGUGCGUAAAGCCGCACACUGGACAGAAAGUUAACUGAGAAGAUUGCUGUGGAUAUUCAAGUUUUUGGAUUGAUUCCUUUUUUUUUUUAAAGACUUCUAUCACUUUCCGGGCUUACUUUACAUGCCAAACCUGGGGGAACAUAUUGGAAGCUUAAAGAUUUUCGCCACAAUAAUUGGCUAUCGGAUGGACCAGCAUCCCAGCGCCCGGAGCUGCACCAGUCGCGGGGCUUCGUCCUGCGAGACCGUCCCGACCGAGCCCUCCAUGAAUCUGUACAUCCACUCCACCACCGGCACACGCUUCGAGCUCUCGCUGCCCCUGGAGGAGACCGUGGAGGGACUGAAGAGGAGGCUGUCGCAGAGACUCAAAGUGCCCAAAGAGAGGCUCGCCCUGCUCCACAAAGAGACGCGGCUAAGUUCAGGCAAACUCCAAGAUCUAGGCAUCUCUGAUGGGAGCAAGUUAACGCUUGUACCAACAGUUGAAGCAGGAUUAAUGUCUCAAGCAUCAAGACCAGAACAGUCCGUAAUGCAAGCCUUGGAGAGUUUAACAGAAACUCAGGUCAGUGACUUCCUGUCCGGCCGGUCCCCCCUCACUCUGGCGCUACGUGUGGGCGAUCACAUGAUGUUCGUCCAGCUCCAGUUGGCGGCACAGCAGUCUCCGUGGCCCAGCUUCCAACACCGGCCCCUGGUCACCCGGGGCAGCACGGAGCCCACCGUGGGACAGCCCACAGGACAGCCCCGUGUGGCACCCCCUCACCGCACUCACCCACCACCCCCACCACCCACACGCUCACCUCCAGCCCCCACCUGUCCCCGCCGCAGCCCGUCCCCACCUCCCCCUCCCUCCCCAGCUCCUCUUCUUUCCCCACUUCCCUCCGCGCACCAGCAACCGCUUCCUCCCGUGUACCACCAGUCGCCCCUCUCUCCACUCACUGUAGCCCCCCUACUCCCCCCACCCCACUCCCCCCGCCCCGCCCCACGUCCCGGGGGUCUCUUCCGCUCUCCGGCCCAUCACCACCACCACCACCACCACCACUACCACCAGCCCUCCUCAGCCCAGCCCAGCCCCGACGUUGGCCAGGUCAACCCUGUAGCCCCGGUCCUCUGCCCUGAGGUACGAGUCCAACCCCAGCAGCCAGCAAGUGGCACGAGUUCCUCGCCACGCUCACGUAAACCUGGUGCCAAUGAGAGCUUUGUCAACCACGCUCCCGGAGUCUUCUCAGGGACCUUUUCAGGCACUUUGCACCCUAACUGUCAGGACAGCAACGGGCGUCCGAGACGGGAUAUUGGUACCAUACUGCAAAUCCUCAACGACCUCUUAAGCGCCACACGCCACUACCAGGGCAUGCCCCCUUCCCUCACUCAGCUCCGCUACAGGGCCCAGUGCGGCUCAACCAACUCCCCAUCCCCCUCGCCGCCUCCUUCCCCAGUCGCUGGCAUAACAGGCCUCUCUGCCAAAGCUACCUCUGUGCCUGCUGCCAGCCCGAGCAGCCCUCAUCCAACUCUUCAUCCACUGGUACAGUGCCAGAGCCAGAUUCGCAUGUGCAAACCCCCCGGUGACCGCAUUCGCCAGACCGAGAACCGUGCAACUCGCUGUAAGGUGGAGCGUCUGCAGCUGUUGAUGCAGCAGAAGCGUCUGCGCCGGAAGGCCAGGAGGGACCAGCGAGCCCCGUACCAGUGGCUGCCCAACCGCAAGGCCGGCCGCAGCAACAGCAACAGCAGCAUGUCCAGCGAGGGCUCUCUGGACCUGGACUUUGACGAUUCGGUGUGGAAGCCCGACGUAAAGGCCGAUCUGAAGUCGGAGUAUGUCAUGGCCUGAACCGUGGCCCCUUGUCCCCGCGUCAAGCUUCAAAGAUUUAGAAAGCCUCUUCUGGGAUUUACUGAGAUGUGUAAGGAGAGACUGGAUCGGUUGGGAGGCGAGACAUUACUGCAGAGAGGACAUCAGAAUUGUCCUCGUGACUGUUAUCUGUCUCGUGGAAGAAAAGACUCCCUGUAGACGUUAAUCCUAUUCUCUCCUUCACAGCUGACAUUGUUUAACGCAGCAACAAUAGCAAAAGACGCUGGUGUGAUGCUUGGAUUUGGACAGGCAACAACUGGACUUCAGUGUACAAGACUUCUUCUUUUCUUUUUGUCUUGGGGGUAUGACAACAAAGAGCAUACCUCUAGUCGAGCAUAGCAGAAUUAAAUGGGUGGUGGGUUGUUUUUUUUUUUCUUUUUCGUUUUUUUUUUUUUUUUUUCUUUCUUUUUUUAAGUGCACUCUGGGCAGAAAUGAAGAGAUCCACACUGGACGUAUUAACAGGACAGGAGCGCCACAUACUGUGGGAUAUUUCAAUGGGCAUUCUUACGAUCUCAAAACUCACCAACCAGAGUUCAACUUUCACCUGUUACGGGGUGGUUAAACUUCUCUCUUUUUUUUCCACUUUUAAACAUAUUAUUAAUUUUAUAAACAAAAUAAUAUGUAGCAUUGUUCACAAAGCAUUCAGGUUUUCAUAUAACAGUUCAAAGUAGUUGUUUAUUUUGCACAUUUUAUUGAUUUGUAACAGCUGGUCAAAAUGUGCGAGGAGGAGGAGGCGGGGCCUGAAAUAGAAUUAAAAAUACGUAUGGAAGUAUUGAUAUCAACCUCUGUGACAUAAGGUAUCAAUAGGAAUGAUUAACGAAUAAGCAAAAUUAAUUAUGAUGAACAGAAAGUGCUUUAGAGGAUUUUAAAAUCUUAAAAACGUAUAUAUAUAUGGAAAAAAAAAUCUAUUUUUGUUUCUCUGCCUACCUGCUGUUUUGUGAAAACAGCAGCCCUCUGUGGCUUCAGUCAAGUCGUUGACUACCAACAAAUACGUGCAUCCAUUCAAUCAUCCGUGUGCUCACUCGUGAAUUCUUUCGUCUAGCCACAAUUACACGUGCAGGUUUCCGUCAUCCAGCCUGCCUGAAGUGCUGCAGACCCAUAUGGACUUCUUUUGACGAAUUUGGAAUUUGUGUACAUAAUUGUGACAAUUGGCAAACAUUUAUGAUGUUGUGUGUAUGUUUGACUCUAUUGUAAAUGGAUUUAGAGUAUCCCAUGUUUUUUGUCCAUUUUCCCCCCCUGCUAAAAAAAAAAAGAAGAAAAAAUCCCAACAGCUUCUGAAAAUCAUUAAAACUAGCUGCAGUGAAUGCAUCAGUCACUCCUUAAUACCACACCAGGAUGAAAUUUAAAGCCCCAGCUUUUGCCCAAUUUAUGUAUCCCUUAACACAAGUCCCGUGAUAGGGACUUUUUUUUUUUUUUUUUUUUUUCUUCCUUAUUGGUGAAGAGGGAGGAAGAGCUUUGAGGUCUUUUUCCAGCAUCAUUAUCUAGUGCCUCCACCAGUACAUCCAUUGACAUAUCAGGUUAGGCCUUUCACAAUUUUGCUGCUACACAUGAAAACUAAAAGAAAAAAAAGAAAAAAACUAAA